AGAGCCAUGAAGGUCCUACAGCCGCUCUACCUGCUGCUGCUGCUACUGGUUGUAGUUGCGAUGGUAACCAGCGCUCUGAAACCAGAUUUUCUGAAUUUGAGGCGAAAGUACCGGAGACAUCACUGCCCACACAAGCGCUGCCUCCCCCUACACUCCAGAGUACCCUUCCCCUGAGCUGGAUGAGCACAGAUAGCUAAACGUCCAAAGACUGGCAGACCGGAGAAGAAGCACAACCUCAAUAUAACCGAGGGUCAGAGCUGUCACAAUCAAUCAGCACGGCAUCGACCAAUCACCAAAGAUCUUCUCACACAGGCUGAUUUCCUGUGCCAAUGGCUGCCGCUUCCUGCGCCGCACAAUGUGAAACGGAAGACACAGAAGUGUACGGGUCAAGAACCCGAGCUAAGAGCUGAUAAAGGACUGAUUUACAGCCUGCAGUUUCAGCUGCCACAGUGCUAACGAGCAAUAUCAAUCUAAUGUAAAUAGCAUAGACCAAGCGAAAUGUGUUUAUACGUAAGUUAUGCACUUCAAAAUGUUUUUAUUUUAUUCAUGUUAAAUAAAAAGUAUUCUUUUUGAGAAAAAAA